GCAUCGAACCGGUUUGGAAUGAGGAUGAUCGGUAGCAACGCCAUUUUACCAAACUAGUUAACGCCUGUUUAAAUACUCUUGGUUAGGAAGUCUUUUUCUUCAAUUUUGUGGACCUACAGGAGUUUUUUUUGUAAUGGUGGCCAAAAUCAAAGAUACAUCCAUGUGUUUUCAGCGAUAAAGGUGUUUGUAAUUUUUAUCUUUCAUAUAUUAUUUUUAUAUUUAUAACUUGAGCUUGCGAUGGCACUGUUCUGAAUUUUCUGUUGCAUGAGAACUCUGGUCCCAAUCACUUACUUCGAAAAAUCUACAUUUUGUGAGUUUGAACACAUAUCGGUUUACUUGUUGUGGCGCGUUUGUCGUUUUUCAUUCAAUUAGAAAGGUGUCUGUUGUUUCAAAACAGACUAAGAACUGCAACCCUGAAUCCCAAACAAAGGCACAGGAAGCUAGCUUCGUCAUCUGACACCAUGGCGUUAAGUAGAGCCCGAGUUUAUGCAGAUGUCAACACCCACAGACCUCGAGAAUACUGGGACUAUGAGUCCCAUGUAGUCGAAUGGGGGCAACAGGAUGAUUAUCAAAUUGUACGUAAACUUGGUCGUGGCAAGUACAGUGAAGUCUUCGAAGCUGUCAAUAUAACUAGUAAUGAAAAAUGUGUUAUCAAAAUUUUAAAGCCCGUCAAGAAAAAGAAAAUUAAAAGAGAAAUCAAAAUAUUAGAAAAUUUAAGAGGAGGACCAAACGUUAUUUCUUUGCAAGCAAUUGUGAAAGAUCCCGUGUCCAGAACACCAGCUUUGAUAUUUGAAUAUGUGAAUAACACAGAUUUCAAGCAAUUGUAUCAGACACUGACAGACUAUGAGAUACGGUACUACCUCUUUGAGCUUCUUAAGGCAUUGGAUUACUGCCACAGUAUGGGUAUCAUGCAUAGAGAUGUUAAACCACAUAAUGUGAUGAUAGAUCAUGAAAGUAGGAUUUUACGAUUGAUUGAUUGGGGUCUAGCAGAAUUCUACCAUCCAGGCCAGGAAUACAAUGUAAGAGUAGCAUCGAGAUAUUUCAAAGGACCUGAACUACUUGUGGACUACCAGCUUUAUGAUUACUCAUUAGACAUGUGGAGCUUAGGUUGUAUGCUGGCCAGCAUGAUAUUCCGCAAAGAGCCUUUCUUCCAUGGUCACGACAAUUAUGACCAACUGGUGCGUAUAGCAAAGGUGUUAGGAACAGAUGAACUUUAUGAAUACCUUGACAAGUACCAGAUUGAACUAGAUCCAAGAUUUAAUGAUAUCCUAGGCAGACAUUCGCGCAAAAGAUGGGAACGAUUUGUCCAUAGUGAAAAUCAACAUCUAGUUAGCCCAGAAGCAUUAGACUUUCUUGAUAAGUUAUUGAGAUAUGAACAUCAAGAAAGACUAACGGCACGAGAAGCCAUGGAACACCCAUAUUUUUAUCCAGUUGUGAAAGACCAGCAGCGAUCAAUGCACCCAGUGUUAAACAACACGCCUUCCAGCACCAACACAGUGACGUCGAGCAAUGCCGGAACAACUUCAACCACGUCUCUGGCCUCAUCGAAGGGUAUUUCUGGAACACCAGUGAUAACCACUCCAGCAGCGCAAAACGCAGCAAUAUCGUCAACUGGACCCGUAGCAAACACCGCGCCAUGAGCAUUUGACUUUAUUGCAAGGGCUUCAGGCGCAAAUAUAACAUGAGUUUCCUGAGACAAAAAACAUUUAUUUAGGUGACUUAAAUUUAUAAAAACAACUUGAAAACUGAAAAGUUCUUUGUCUCAAAAACGAAAUGACUCAUCCAAUUGAUUUGUUUUAUUAAUGAAGCAGCGACUGCUACUACUAAAAAAAAAACUUGUGUACGUAUUAGUAAACUUUGUUAGGUAUUGUUGAAUUACAUGACCUUAGAGAACCAGAGCCUUUGAAUGUGUGUCAUAAAUGUUUAUUUGCCGACACUCAAUCUGCUGUAGAAAUACUACCCCUUCUAUAUAUCUUUAAAAAAGUGCUUUGCAAAGCUUAUGGUGUGUGUGCUCAUAAUGAUGAGGACUAUUAAUGCUAGAAAGUUGUGUACGUUUUUUUUUUUGUGUGUGUGUGGACGUGAAGCUCUUUGUAAACAGUAUUAUGGAUGGUCAAGAGGUUUGUGAAGUAUACGAUUCUGGGUGUCAGUAUUUUUUUACCAUUCUUUUUAUUGUUUUAAAAUGAAAAUUUAAACAAUUUGAAUGCUUCUGAAACUUACAUCAUUACAAGGUAAACAAUUCUAGCAUAGUUUUUUUUUUUGCGUAGAUUCUUAUAUGAGAGUGGAUAGGAAUAUCUCUUUUGAUGCUAUAUUUUUAUGUUAAUUUUAAUGAUUUAUUUUCUUUUCUAUUUAAAGAAUCUUACAAAAGAACCUGAAAAAAGUGUAUGACAUUAAGGUAUCUCGGAUUAAGAUUGUUAAUUGCUUUCACAUUAAAUGUUGGAAUUAAAAAGUAAAUGUAAAAUUGAUCAAGAAUUCAUGUAUAAUAAGAGCAAAUGUGGAACAAUGAAAGGUUUUUAGAAAUAUUCAGGGUUUGUUUUUAGGUAUGAUUGCUUUAUACAAUACUGAACAUUAGUAUGAUUCGUAGGCAACAUUUUUUAAUGUUCAACUGUGUUGCUUCAUUGUACAGUAUGUAUUUAGACUACCGUAUAAUCAGGCAUACAGGUUGAUCCAAGUAUAGUAUAAUUUGACCAAUCUAGUUUUUGCCAUAAACUUUGGCCAGGCUUGUAGUUUGGUCAGACAAUGAGUCCACAUAAACAUCGUCAAACUAUAAUUACUUCUUUAAUUCUUAAAACACUUGUAACAUUAUCAAUGGAAGAUGGUGAAUUUUCGGCCUAAAAAUGGCUGUGUAGAAGGUCGACUUACACAUCAGUAAUUAUAUGGUAUUACUUUAGCUUAUUUAUUUUGUCACAUUUUCUGUAUUAUGGUAUUUUAAACCAGCUCAAAAGGGAGUACUGUAUUGUACCCAUAAGCUCUUGUGCAACACUUUUUAAGUAGAAAUCAUUUAUCAUCAAAAGUUGUUUUUAAUCCUUGUAUGGAUGAAUACAACUAAAUUAAAAGCGAUCCCACCGCACACAAAUUCAUGUUUACUGUAGUAAAUAACUACAGUACAUUAAAGAAGAAUUUAAUACUGUGCCAAUAGUUGGUGAUGUAGAAAGGCCACAGUUUGUUCUAUGCAUCAAAAGUAGCUCCCAUUAUUUUUUUUUACCACGUAGUCACCAGAAUACAGUGAUAUACUGUACAUUCUUUUUGUUUAUAAUUCUAAAUUUUCAAAAUACUUUUUCUGCUGUCCUCUUAACAUGCAUUUUCAAUGUCAUCUCGUUUGUAUUACUGUGAACAAAAUGGGUUUCAAGUUUUGUGCAUUUUAAAGAAUUACUUGUAAAAAAGAAAACUAAAAGAAAUAUUGAUUUAGAUAACAAUUAGUUAUGCUUUUUGAGAAAUUUCUGUUUUGUACAUUAAUCCGACACGCUGGCCUCUUGGUGAGGUUUCUGGAUCAGUUUUGCGUGUUCCACCACCUUCAUGUUUUUAUUCGAAGGCUAUACUGUAUAUAGCUGAUGAUCAAUAAACUAAUAACAAUUGAA